GGCGCUGGAGAGCGCUCGCGACGUCUGCGGUGGCCGUGGCGGUGGCGGCGGAGCCCGCGGCUUUGGGUUGCACCCCACGGCCCGUCCCCAUCCCCCCGCCGUCACCCCGCUGAGCCUUGUCUUUUUCCCUUUGCACCUUUCUUGCGCUGGGUCGGCCGCGUUGCUUGCGCGUCGGUUCGCGGGAGUGCGCAGGCGCGGCGGGGGCGUUCAGCCCCGUUGGGUGGGCGGCGGAGCCCGGGAGCGCGCGGGCGAGACCAUGGCGGGCAGCGGCGCCGGGGGCGGUGGUGUCGGGGAGACGAAGGUGAUUUACCACCUGGAUGAAGAAGAGACUCCCUACCUGGUGAAGAUCCCCGUCCCCGCCGAGCGCAUCACCCUCGGCGAUUUCAAGAGCGUCUUGCAGCGGCCCGCGGGCGCUAAGUACUUUUUCAAGUCUAUGGAUCAGGAUUUCGGGGUGGUGAAGGAAGAGAUUUCAGAUGACAAUGCUCACCUUCCCUGCUUCAACGGAAGGGUGGUAUCCUGGUUAGUGUCAUCAGAUAACCCCCAACCUGAGACGGCCCCCCCAGCCCACGAGCCUCGGACAGACCCGGCGCCUCCACCGCCGCCUGUACCCCCUCUGCCACCGGAGAGGACCAGUGGCAUUGGAGACUCCAGGCCUCCAUCCUUCCACCCUAACGUGUCCAGCAGCCGGGAAAAUCUGGAGCCCGAGACAGAAACAGAGUCAGUGGUGUCUCUGAGGCGGGAGCGACCUCGCAGGCGAGACAGCAGUGAGCGCGGCGCGGGGGGCCACCGGCCCAGCGGCCCCUCGAGGCUGGAGCGCCACCUGGCAGGGUACGAGAGCUCCUCCACCCUCAUGACCAGCGAGCUGGAGAGCACCAGCCUGGGGGACUCGGACGAGGAGGACACCAUGAGCAGGUUCAGCAGCUCCACGGAGCAGAGCAGCGCCUCCCGCCUCCUCAAACGCCACCGGCGGCGGAGGAAACAGCGGCCACCCCGCCUGGAGAGGGCCUCAUCCUUCAGCAGUGUCACUGAUUCCACCAUGUCUCUCAACAUCAUCACAGUCACGCUCAACAUGGAGAAGUACAACUUCCUGGGCAUCUCCAUCGUGGGUCAGAGCAACGAGCGGGGAGAUGGAGGCAUCUAUAUCGGCUCCAUCAUGAAGGGUGGGGCUGUGGCGGCCGACGGGCGCAUUGAGCCCGGGGACAUGCUUUUGCAGGUGAACGACAUGAACUUUGAGAACAUGAGCAACGAUGAUGCGGUGCGGGUGCUGAGGGAUAUCGUGCACAAGCCGGGGCCUCUCCCCUCACCCCAGCUUGACUGGCCUCCUCUUCCUCACAGCCCCAUCGUGCUGACUGUAGCCAAGUGCUGGGAUCCCUCUCCCCAGGCCUAUUUCACUCUCCCCCGAAAUGAGCCCAUCCAGCCGAUUGACCCUGCUGCCUGGGUCUCACACUCUGCUGCUCUGACUGGCACCUUCCCAGCCUAUCCAGGCUCCUCGUCCAUGAGCACCAUCACAUCUGGGUCCUCUCUUCCUGAUGGCUGUGAGGGCCGGGGCCUCUCCAUCCAUACAGACAUGGCAUCUGUGACCAAGGCCAUGGCAGCUCCAGAGUCUGGACUGGAAGUUCGGGACCGCAUGUGGCUCAAGAUCACCAUCCCUAACGCCUUUCUGGGCUCGGACGUCGUUGACUGGCUCUACCAUCACGUAGAGGGCUUUCCUGAGCGGCGGGAGGCCCGAAAGUAUGCCAGCGGGCUGCUCAAGGCAGGCCUUAUCCGGCACACCGUGAACAAGAUCACCUUCUCUGAGCAGUGCUAUUACGUCUUUGGAGACCUCAGUGGCGGCUGUGAGAGUUACCUAGUCAACCUGUCUCUGAAUGACAACGAUGGCUCCAGUGGCGCUUCGGACCAGGACACCUUGGCUCCUUUGCCCGGGGCCACUCCCUGGCCCCUGCUGCCCACCUUCUCCUACCAGUACCCAGCCCCGCAUCCAUACAGUCCCCAGCCCCCACCCUACCACGAGCUCUCGUCCUACACCUACGGCGGAGGCAGUGCCAGCAGCCAGCACAGUGAGGGGAGCCGGAGCAGUGGGUCGACACGAAGCGAUGGGGGGGCGGGCCGCACAGGGAGGCCUGAGGAGCGGGCCCCUGAGUCCAAGUCUGGCAGCGGCAGUGAGUCUGAGCCUUCCAGCCGGGGCGGCAGCCUUCGGCGGGGCGGGGAACCUGGUGGGACUGGUGAUGGGGGCCCUCCCCCAUCCAGGGGCUCAUCAGGAGGUGCUCCCAAUCUCCGAGCCCACCCAGGGCUCCAUCCCUAUGGCCCACCUCCUGGCAUGGCCCUCCCGUAUAACCCCAUGAUGGUGGUCAUGAUGCCCCCUCCCCCACCCCCUGUCCCUCCAGCAGUGCAGCCUCCAGGGGCCCCUCCAGUCAGAGACCUGGGCUCCGUGCCCCCAGAGCUGACAGCCAGCCGCCAAAGCUUCCACAUGGCCAUGGGCAACCCCAGUGAGUUCUUUGUGGAUGUUAUGUAGAGCCCGUGGUGGGGCCAUGUUGGAUCUCCACCCUUGGCCUGUCAGUGCUUGGUGCUCCUGUCCUGUGAUUGGGUGUCUUGUCAGUCACGUGCUCAUUACUCCUCUGGUGCCUGGACUCAGCCUGUCCUGUGGGCUGCUGCCUGCUGUGAGGUUGUUGCCACUGUGACUCUUUCCAGCAGUGCCUGGUUCCUGCCCCUUCCCUCAGGGGUCAACAAGGGACCUUUGGUUAUUUUUAGCUUUAUUGUUUUUUAUAAGCCUUUUGGGGGGUUAAAAUAGACUUUUUUUACAUUUUUGGGACUAUUUUUUUACUAGACAUUUUCUCUUUUGUAUGAAGAAUCCCUGUCUCCUGGGCCCCUUCUUCUAACCCCAAAAUGUGACCUCCUACUCCAUUUGCCCAGUCGGCUCUGUCCUGCGCAGGGUGGGAGGGUGGUCAGUCGGUGGUACCCUGGGAAGUGGAAGGGGGUUGGUUCCCCUAGACAGCAGUCCAAGAAAGCUGGGGUAUUUGGUAUUUGGGGGCUGUGUAGCUGCUUUUGUUACUCUAUUUAUUUUAGUCACUUGUAUAAAACACCAAAUAAAGCAAUAGGGGCAAACUCCCCGUGCC